AUGGCGAGCGAGGCAUCGUCACUACAGGCAAAGCACGUUGAUGUUCGCCUACUGUCGGUCAAAGACCUUGGCCGCGAGGAGGUGAUUGGCGAUCUCCUGCGUACCAACGGACUUAUGGAUGCAAACUCGGUGCGCGCGUUGAUUGGUGACGACUGCUAUGACGAGAAUCUUGACGGAGUAGCGAUGCUUGGAGCGUCGAACAAGCGGUCUGGCCCAACGAUACGCGAGUUCCAGUCACUCGUGGGCAGCUUGCUAUGGGUUGCGCGCUGCAAAAAGCCCGACAUCGCCUUGUGCGGGCACAGUAAGCUUGAAGGUCACGAUAGUCGCCGGCGCAAAACCGUGACCAAAAAAGUGUCUCGACGGGAAGCGUUUAGCGACGCUGAUUCUGCGGUCGAUAAGGCCGACAGGAAGUCGAUGACCGGCAGCGCCGAUUUUGUCGCUGUCUCGGAAUUGAAGCGCGAAGUGCUUGGCCUCCGCGAGAUGCUGAGCAAGAUUGGCAUUGCACCGGCUGUUCCUAUGCCGCUUCAAAUCGACAACUAUAACGGCAAGCAGCCAGAUGGCGGGCGAGGCAUCGGCACUAAAGGCAAAGCACGUUGA